GUUUCUCAGCUGCAAAUCUCCUCGAUGGUCCAAUUCAACGUCAACGGAAAAAUUGCCCUCGUCACCGGCGGCACAAGAGGCAUCGGCUACGAUAUCGCCGAGUACUUUGUCCUCAAUGGCAUCGACACCAUCAUCAUCACUUCCAGAAAGCCCGACGCCUGCAAAGACGCAAAAGCAUCAUUAGAAGCAUGUGCCGCAUCCCACGGAAAGUCUGUCAAGGUGAUUUCAGAACCGUGUGAUAUGGCCAACGACGACGAUUUGAGACGUUUCCACGCAAUAAUAUCUAGCCAGAUCACCAAGUUGGACAUUCUCAUUGCCAAUGCCGGGGCCAGCUACGGGACUCCCUUUGACAAGCAUCCAGUUGCUCAGGUUCGCAAGAUCUUAGACAUCAACAUCACUGGUGUAUUCCAUUCAGUCCAGCUUUUCGCCCUGUUGUUAGAAAACGCCGGACUGGCACAAGACCCUUCCAGAGUGAUUAUUGUCAGUUCCAUUGUGGCAUUUGCAUCGGACUUCAAAGAUGCUUACGGGUACGUUGCCAGUAAAGCUGGGGUUGCACAUUUGGGGAGAAACUUGGCCCUUACGCUAGCUCCCAGAAACAUCAAUGUUAACUCAAUUGCUCCAGGAUUCUUUCCCACAAAGAUGACCAAGUAUCUUUACGCAAAUAAGAGACAGGAGACAAACUAUGGUAAUCCCAGAAAAAGAUGGGGACAAAAGGAAGACAUUCAGAAUGCAGUUUUAUGGUUGUGCUCCAGAGAGUCCAAUUAUGUCAACGGUAUAAACUUGAACAUCGACGGGGGGUUACACUUGGUGGGAACCUCAAAGUUAUAGUUGUACAUUGAUGCUGUCUAAUGGGUAUUGUACGUAACAAAUAAUAUGAUACUCUUGGUUUCUCAAGUAGGAAUAUUCUCCUUCUCCUGGUCCUCAUCCUCAUCCUCACUGUCACUUGCAUCGGUUCCACCCACAAUCGGCUUAAUGAUCUUGAGGUUCAACCCCGUGAAAGGAGAUCGGGGAGUCGACGGUGAGGUCGGAGACCCGGGUGAUUUGUUGACAUUGAUACUCUGGAUUCGUUGCUCAUUGAUUCUAUGUUUCAACAAACUCAACCGGUUCUCGAAGUGGCUGGUUUGGUUGGUCAAGCUCAUCUGCUGUUCAUUCAAUAAUUUAUUCAAAUACUGAACCGACUCGUCUCUUUGCUCGAUGAUCUUUUCGCUCAACAUCAAGUGCUUGCGCAAGUUGAUGU